UUACAACUAGUCGUGCUUGACAUUUUUUACUGAUAUGUACUUCUUGUCGAAAUAUUCAUUAAGGAUAUUUUUCGUACAUUACAUUUCAUUUGAAUAAGUAAACUUUGUAAAAUCGUACCGAAUACAUAGAAAAUUCAUAUAAGGUGUACAGUUUCAUGUCUGUAUUUCCAUCGAGUGAUGAAAUCACGUCUGCGUUUAAAAAUAACUUUUCUUUACGUCUGCAUAAAAUCGUUGUAUUUUUCUCUUUCUCUAUAUGGUGUGAUAUACUAAUCCAGGCAAUGCACUGACGGAUAUGAUGUACUAAAGUUGACUUUUCUUUAUUAUAUCGUUCUACAAGUACAUUUAAUACUGCUAUCCAAUAAACAAAAACAUUGUGUCAUCAGAUGAUGAUAUCAUAUUUGUUUUAAACACAUACACAUACAUAUCUAUUUAUCUUUGCCUAGAAAUAUCUAGUAAAACUAACUUCUCUCGCCUUGGCAUCCUAUAUAAAUAGAAAAUUCUUUGCUAGUAAAAAAAGUUAAUACGUGAUAUUUUACUUUAUCUUAUUCCAAAUCGAUUCUACUUCUUCAUAUGAACUCUCUCAAAGAAUUUUUCGAAUUUACUCAUCCCAAUAAGAAUACCAUUGCUGGUCAAUGUAAACUUUGUGAUAAACUUUACUCAGAUAAUGCUGCAUCAACAGGAAAUUUUCAUAAACAUCUCAAACGUAAACAUAAUACUCAAUAUGAACAAAUGAAGUUUUCGGAUUCUAUUACGUCUAAAAAUGAUAUAAAUGAACAGUCAGAAAAUUCGACAACCAACAUCAAUAAAAUCAAUCAAGCUAUUCUAGAAGAUUUAAUUGUAAAAUGUAAUCUGCCACCGGCAUUCGUUGAACAGGUUGGUUUUAGGAACUUUUUAAAAACAUUUGCUCCAAAAUGGAAACAUACAUCUUCACGGUACGUCAGCAACACAUUACUACCAUUAUUGAUGAAUAAUGCUCAGGAUAAAAUGAGAUCGUUACUUGGUGAUGUCAAUCAUUUGAGCAUUACAGUGGAUGUUUGGACAGACCGUCGUGGAGGAUCAUUUAUUGGAGUAACAGGUCAUUUUCUUGACUUGAAUUGUAUUCCACAGGCUCUUCUUUUGAAUUUCUCUCGUUUGAAAGGACCACAUACUGGAGAAAAUAUUCGUAAUAUCACAGAAGAAAUACUUGAAAAUUUGAAGAUCAAACACAAAGUGUAUCGAAUUAUAACCGAUAACGCUGCUUCCAUGCUGAAAGCUUAUAAAUUUGGAUUAGUUGUAAAUGAUAAUGAUUAUACCGAUCGAAAUGACAAUAAUCAACAUGAUAUUUCAACUGAAUUUAGUAGUAAUGGUGAUCUUGAUUUAUCAAGUGAAUGGAUAUUACUUGAUUGGUGUAAAACCUUUACAGAUUCAGAUGACAAAGAUGAUGAUAUUGCAAUACGAUUAUCAUGUUUCGCCCAUAGUCUACAACUGGCUAUCCGUGAUGGAUUGAGAGAUGCUCCUUAUCUAGCUAAAUCAUUAUCAAAAUGUGUUAAAUUAGCUCGAAAAUCUCACAAGUCAACAAAAAUUGCUGACGUUCUCGAAGAUAUUGGAAAAACAAUCAGUCGAUCCAAUGUAACACGAUGGAGUUCAGAAUAUCUUCUUAUUAAAUCAAUUAUUGCAUUAGGAAAAAAAACAAUUGAUGAAAUUACCAAUAUUAUUGAUGAUAAUGAGUUGAAGUUUAGUAGUAAUGAUUUUAUUGUUUUAAAAGAAGCACUUGAGAUAUUAGAACCAUUUGCUGAAAUCACUUCUCGUAUUCAAUCAGAAUCAGUUGUUACUGCUAGUCUUGUUGUACCAUCUGUGGUACAUAUUAUUGACCAUUUGAAGAAUACAAAACCAAAUAUUUCAUUUCUAAAAAAAACGUGUAUACAGCUUGAACAAUCGAUUAACAAAAGAUUUGCUGGUAUUAUUAAACGUUUAUCACAACAGAUUGUUUUAUCAAAUGACCCUUUUUCGGAUCCAAUCUAUUUUGUUUGUGCUGUUUUGGAUCCUCAAUUUAAAUUAUACUGGUUUAGUCAAAUGAGUUAUACAGCAACAGUCGAAACACAAAUGAAACAAACUUUGAUUCAGAUGAUAAUGGAUAAAUGUGAACAGAAUAUCGACGCAUCGUUUGAUACUAUACAACAUACAAAAUUAUCAUCGUCAUCAACAUCUGUUGUGAAUAGUUGUACAACACAAUCAAUUGACACAUCAAUUGUUAAAAAGCGUAAACUUUUUCAUUAUGAAGAUGAUGGUAAUGUUUUAUCUUAUUCGUCGACGAAUCCUAUCAAUGAGAUCAAUGCGUAUAUCAAUGAUCCUAUACGAUCAAAAUUUUCGUCUUAUUGGAAAAAUUCUCAAUCACACUCUUUAAAAAAUGUAGUUAAACGCGUAUUCUGUAUACAAGCAUCAUCUGCUCCUAUUGAGAGAGUUUUCAGUCAAGCAGGCAUUAUUAUGUCUCCAAGACGAACGUCAAUGCGUGAAGAAGUAUUUAAAAGUUUGGUAUUCUUACGUGUGAAUCAGAACUUGAUUUA